UCUCGAGUGACCUGACAGGUGUUGAAACGUCAACUAAUAUAGUGUCUACCGGACCGUGACUGAUGCGAGUUUUCUACAUAAAUGUAACUAGUCAGUUAGAAAGUAGUACAUUUCUGCCACAGCGCAAGCAUGGCGGAGUUCGGUUAGCGAGCUCCGCAAGGGUACGUGUGUGUAUUGCAGUUAAAAGCGGCAGCGUGUAAAGAUCGGCGUGUGAAACAGUCUCGGACUUGAGCGUUAUAUAAUCUACAAUGGAAGAAGACGACCCAUAUGAAAGCUUGCCAGCAUCAUCAACUAUGGUCACCCACAUGGUGGCAGGGGCGGCGGCCGGAGUCAUGGAACACUGUGUUAUGUACCCCGUUGACUGCGUGAAGACUCGGAUGCAGAGUAUUGUGCCUGAUCCCAAUGCCAACUAUCGCAGCUUGGCCGACGGUUUCGUGAAGAUCCUGCGUUACGAAGGCAUCAAGAACACUGUGCGUGGAAUUAGCGCCAUGGUGGUGGGGGCUGGACCUGCACAUGCUAUGUACUUCGCCAGCUACGAGAAGAUCAAGUCAACGCUCAGUAAAGGGAAGCAGGGCAACCACUUGGCUAAUGGAGCUGCAGGCUGUGUUGCUACGUUGUUGCAUGAUGCUGUCAUGAAUCCUGCUGAAGUGGUCAAGCAGAGAAUGCAAGUGUAUGGAAGCCCGUACAAGACAUGUAUUGAUUGAUGUGCAAAGACUAUAGUUCAAGAGGAAGGUGCUUUCGAGGCCUUCUAUCGAAGCUUCACAACACAAUUGACUAUGAAUAUUCCUUUCCAAUGCUUGCACUUUAUGACUUACUUAAUUAUGCAAGACUGCCUGAACCAUCAGAGACAGUAUGACCCUCGGAGUCAUGUGAUAUCAGGUGCUUUAGCAGGUGCUGUUGCUGCUGCUGCAACCAUGCCGUUAGACGUUUGCAAAACCCUGCUCAACACGCAGGAGCAGUGCUCUCGGACUAAGAUCUCAUAUGUGAAUGGUAUGGCAGCGGCCUUCAGGACAGUUUACGAGUUUCAAGGAAUCACCGGUUACUUUCGAGGCAUUCAACCGAGAGUGAUCUACCAGAUGCCCUCGACAGCAAUAUCGUGGUCUGUGUACGAGUUCUUCAAGUUCACAAUUUCGAAGAAGCAGAGAGAUGACAGUCACUACCUCUCGUCGCCUGUCAAAUCGAUGCCUGUGCAUGCUGCUACUGCCGCCUCCUCCAGAUGACAUGUGACCUUCGAAAGUCAUUCCAGAGCUGAACAACUGGUAAUGGAGACUAUCCCAUACACACAGCUUCACCUUAAUUUGCCACCAUGUGACCAGCAAUUGUCCAAUCAUAGCCUCUGAUUCUAAAACCAUGUAACCUGCAUCUGGCCAAUACUAGCCAUGGAUUGAGUAUCGUCAACC